UUCUUGCAUCUAUAAAUAUAUACCUUCUUCUUUCUCCAACUGACUUCCAUUUUCUGCAAGCCUCAGCUCGGCCUCCCUGUUAACAGCUAGCUAGCUAGCAUAGAGAGGCGGUGGAGCUUUAAUUUGCGAGGUUUAAGUAAGUAAAGAUAAGAUCCAUGGAUUUUCCGAAUCAAGCAUUGGAGGAAGAGGAGUCUUCUCACAGGAAAUCUGGAAGGGGAAAGAUUGAAAUCAAGCGCAUAGAGAACACUACCAAUCGGCAAGUCACCUUCUGCAAGCGCCGUAACGGCCUUCUCAAGAAGGCUUAUGAGUUGUCUGUGCUUUGUGAUGCUGAGGUUGCUCUCAUCGUCUUCUCCACUCGCGGCCGUCUUUAUGAAUAUGCUAAUAACAGUGUUAGAGCAACGAUUGACAGGUACAAGAAACAUCAUUCUGAUUCGACAAAUACUGGAUCUGUUUCUGAAGCUAACACUCAGUUUUACCAGCAGGAAUCAGCCAAACUGCGGCGUCAAAUAAGAGAGAUACAAACUACAAACAAGCAAAUUCUUGGAGAGUCGCUCGGCGUUUUAACCCACAAGGAACUCAAGAAUCUGGAAGGGAAAGUGGAGAAAGCCAUUGGAAGAGUCCGCUCCAAAAAGAAUGAGUUGCUGUUUUCUGAGAUAGAGCUGAUGCAAAAGAGGGAGAUUGAACUGCAAAAUGCCAACAUGUAUCUGCGAGCAAAGAUAGGUGAGUUUGAAAGAGCACAACAGCAAAUGAACCUGAUGCCAGGAUCUGAAUACCAGGAGCCUAUGACAACUUCCCAGACUUACGACGCUCACAACUUUCUUCCAUUAACUCUCCUGGAGCCUAAUCAACAUUACUCUCGCCACGAUCAAACAGCUCUUCAACUCGUGUAACUGACCUGGGAAAGACCUUGCAAUCAUGUACGUCUGCUAUCUAUUCUCGAUCUGUCAUGGGCGGGAAUGCAUCACCUUAGCUUGUUUAUUUUUCUGCUUAUAGUUUUGUAAAAUCGUUCAUUAAGAAGAACAAGUUAUUUCCAGUUCUGCGAUGGGCUCUAAUUAGCUGCUUGCCCGUUUGUGCUUAAGAAUUUGAAUUGGGUUUAGAGAGAAUAUUCUUGUUUGAUCCAUCCUUCCAGUGGUACUGGUACAGACAUCUAAAGCUCUCUGAUCUGCUAAUAUAUACAAUGCUGUUGUUUCCUUUAAUUUGAUACCA